AUGUACAGCCUAGCCGCUCUCCGCCUCUACCUGUGGGAGACAAUAGUAUUUUUCAGUUUGGCUGCUUCCAAAGAAGUGCAAGCCGCGAGGGCUGCCGUCAAACCCCCGUCACCGUCGGACUUCCUGGACAAAUUGAUGGGCAGGACAUCAGGAUACGAUGCAAGGAUCAGGCCAAAUUUCAAAGGUCCCCCAGUUAAUGUCACAUGCAAUAUAUUUAUCAACAGUUUUGGCUCAAUAGCAGAAACUACCAUGGAUUAUCGGCUAAAUAUUUUCCUACGACAGCAAUGGAACGAUCCGCGACUUGCUUACAGCGAGUUUCCUGAUGACUCACUGGAUCUGGAUCCAUCUAUGUUGGAUUCUAUUUGGAAACCAGAUUUAUUCUUUGCUAAUGAGAAAGGUGCUCAUUUUCACGAAAUUACUACAGACAACAAAUUACUGCGAAUUUUUCAAAAUGGUAAAGUCCUCUACAGUAUCAGGCUAACACUGAGCCUUGCCUGUCCCAUGGACUUGAAGAAUUUCCCAAUGGAUGUGCAAACAUGUAUAAUGCAACUUGAAAGCUUUGGAUACACAAUGAAUGAUCUGAUAUUUCAAUGGGAUGAAAAAGCUGUACAGGUAGCUGAUGGAUUAACUUUACCACAGUUUAUUCUCAAAGAGGAAAAGGAUUUAAGAGACUGCACAAAGCACUACAAUACAGGGAAAUUUACUUGUAUAGAGGCACGUUUCCACCUGGAGAGACAGAUGGGGUACUACUUAAUCCAGAUGUAUAUCCCGAGCCUGCUCAUUGUUAUCCUGUCCUGGGUCUCCUUCUGGAUUAAUAUGGAUGCAGCACCAGCACGUGUUGGUCUAGGAAUUACCACUGUGCUUACCAUGACUACUCAGAGCUCAGGAUCUCGAGCAUCACUACCAAAGGUAUCCUAUGUAAAAGCCAUUGACAUCUGGAUGGCUGUCUGCUUACUCUUUGUCUUCUCUGCACUAUUGGAAUAUGCAGCUGUUAACUUUGUGUCUCGUCAACAUAAAGAACUACUGAGGUUUCGCCGGCGAAGGCGCCUGCACAAGGAGGAUGAGGUAGUAGAAGGCCGUUUCAGCUUCACUGCAUACGGGAUGGGACCUGCUUGCCUGCAAGCUAAGGAUGGAGUUGCCAUUAAGGGCAAUAACAAUACAUCAAAGUCAUCUUCACCUCCGGCCAAAUCAUCGGAGGAGACAAGGAAACUUUUCAUCCACCGAGCAAAAAGAAUUGACACAGUAUCACGAGUGGCUUUUCCCCUUGUCUUCCUGAUUUUUAAUAUUUUCUACUGGGUGAUCUACAAGAUCGUGAGGAGUGAGGAUGUCCACAAAGACUAG